CCUUUCCUCCCCGACUCUGUGAGGCGGCUGGCUCCGGCUCCCCGGCUGACAUGGGCGCCGCCGCGUGGGCACCGCUGCUGCGUGUGUCUCUCCUGCUGCUGCUUCUGCCGCUCCCGGGGAUGCCUGCGGGCUCCUGGGACCCGGCCGGUUACCUGCUCUACUGCCCCUGCAUGGGGCGCUUUGGGAACCAGGCCGAUCACUUCCUGGGCUCUCUGGCAUUUGCAAAGCUGCUAAACCGCACCUUGGCUGUCCCUCCUUGGAUUGAGUACCAGCAUCACAAGCCUCCCUUCACCAACCUCCAUGUGUCCUACCAGAAGUACUUCAAGCUGGAGCCCCUCCAAGCUUACCAUCGAGUCAUCAGCCUGGAGGAUUUCAUGGAGAAGCUGGCACCCACCCACUGGCCCCCUGAGAAACGGGUGGCAUACUGCUUUGAGGUGGCAGCCCAGCGAAGCCCGGAUAAGAAGACGUGCCCCAUGAAGGAAGGAAACCCCUUUGGCCCAUUCUGGGAUCAGUUUCAUGUGAGUUUCAACAAGUCGGAGCUUUUUACAGGCAUUUCCUUCAGUGCUUCCUACAGAGAACAAUGGAGCCAGAGAUUUUCUCCAAAGGAACAUCCGGUGCUCGCCCUGCCAGGAGCCCCGGCCCAGUUCCCCGUCUUGGAGGAACACAGGCCACUGCAGAAGUACAUGGUAUGGUCAGACGAAAUGGUGAGGACGGGAGAGGCCCAGAUUCGUACCCACCUUGUCCGGCCCUAUGUGGGCAUUCAUCUGCGCAUCGGCUCUGACUGGAAGAACGCCUGUGCUAUGCUGAAGGACGGGACUGCAGGCUCGCACUUCAUGGCCUCUCCACAGUGUGUGGGCUACAGCCGCAGCACAGCGGCGACUCUCACGAUGACUAUGUGCCUGCCUGACCUGAAGGAGAUCCAGAGGGCUGUGAAGCUCUGGGUAAAGUCGCUGGAUGCCCAGUCAGUCUAUGUUGCUACUGAUUCUGAGAGUUAUGUGCCUGAGCUCCAACAGCUAUUCAAAGGGAAGGUGAAAGUGGUGAGCUUGAAGCCCGAGGUGGCCCAGGUCGACCUGUACAUCCUCGGCCAAGCCGACCACUUUAUUGGCAACUGUGUCUCCUCCUUUACUGCCUUUGUGAAGCGGGAGCGGGACCUCCAGGGGAGGCCGUCUUCUUUCUUCGGCAUGGACAGGCCCCCUCAGCUGCGGGACGAGUUCUGAUUCUGGUCGGAACACCAGGCCUUCUGAUCCUGGAGGGACCAGAGUCUGAGCUGGUCCUUCCAGCCAGGCCUGGCAGCCAGAGGUGUUCCCAGGAUUGCAAACUCCUCUUUUCACCUGCCAAAGAUGGAGAAGAGUGCCAGGGACCCCUGGAGGAGGGAGGCAUUCCAUAUCCCAGGGCACUGGACUUCUGGGUUCCUAGGAGCAGGAGCAUCUCCCAUCGCACAUGCUUCCUGCUCUUCUGGGAAUUUCUCACACCGGCAAAGCAGUCCAGCAUCCAUCUUUCAAUCCACUCUACUCUGAGCAGCCUGGGAUGCUGAACUCUUCAGAGAGAUUUUUUUAUAGAGAGACUUCUAUAUACUUUUGAUACAAGAUCAUGACUACUCUAGAACUCUCUGUGGUUUUUGAAAAUUAGUGAAUUCCAUUAACGUAGGUACCUAAAGUGACCUUAACUGAAUGGAUGAGGCCACGGCUAGUGUGGGUCACUGCUUUUCAAGGUGUCCCCCAAUGUGGCCCUCAAGAGCCAUCCCCACUUCCUGGCCAGAGCCAUUGUUGUCCCCAGCUUCCUAGGCCAUUUCUGGGGUUUGGGGCAUGAACACUGUCCUGCGUUGUAAACACUAUGUAAAUGGAA